UUGCCGCAUUUGGCGUCGCCGCUUGUAAACCGGAACGCCUCCCGAAGAACAUGGCGCACGUCAUGUUCCGCCAGCGGAGCUCGAGAGGUGCCCGUUCUUUAAGGAGACGCCAUGACAGCGAAGAAGAGACGGUUCACCUUGAUUUAACUAAAGGCGUGGCGGACAACCUGAGGGAGAUCCUCAUCUAUUUGGUGCGCCAAGACGGCAGCAAGCAGAGGAAACUAGCCUACCUAAACUGUCUUGUGAAGCUGAGUCCCAAGAUCACCCCUGAAACGGAACUGGGGCUGACCCUUGAGGAUAUAUUCUGUUGUCUGCGGGUGCUGGUUGUGCACGAAGCGAGUGAAGUGCGAGCAGGAUGCCUUCGUGCUCUGCGCCAUCUCGUCAGAGACAUUGAUGCCGCCCGGGCACUUGUGGCGUCGCACAUUCCACGACUUGUGGCACGUGCACUGGACGCUGCCCUGGAGAGCCGCACGGAGCGGCUUCAAGCGCUGAGGCUGGUGCGGCGCCUGGUUGCCGUAGCGCCACUUGAGCUGCCAGCUCAACUUGCUCGCAGCCUCGUUGCCGUGGCGGCGGACGGCGCCAAGGAGACUGACGACCUUGUUCGGGCCUGCCUGGCCACCAUUUGUGAGCUAGCAUUGUUGAACCCAAAGCUAUGCGUGGACACUGGUGGCUUUCGGACACUGCUCCAAAGUGUGCUUGACUGUCAUCACCCACCCCUGGCAGAGGCAAUGCUGGGCAUCAUCUUCCACUCAAUCAACGACCCAGCCACACGUCAGCUGCUCAGUCGAGACAUCGACCUUGAGUACUUGGUGGCCCCAUUCACGGACAGUCACUUCAAGUAUGCACCAGACACACCAGAAAACAAUUUGGGGUAUGACAAGGUACUCAGGUUUCAGUCAAGUAGGAUAGCCAUGACUUCAGUCCUCAGGUCCUGGCCUGGGAUGGUGUAUUUCUGCAAACCUCCACCGUCUGGUCUACAGUCUCUUGUAGAAGUUCUUUGUCUUCCCCUUCCUGACACCAGGAAAAACAUAAUCGAGUUGUUGUACGACGUCUUCUGCCUUCGUACUCCGGAGUGGACGAGUGAUUUUGAAACUGCACUGAAGUCGGCUGAUCGUACAGCUAUCCGGGAGUCAUGGAAGCUAUAUGAAGGCUUUGUGGUUGCGGAGGCGUGUGAUCUUUUACCACCACCAUCAAAGCACAGGUCAAACUUAGUGGGGAACUACUUAGCUCUUCUUUUACUAGCAUUUGUACAGGCUGGAAUCCUAGAGGCACUAGUGGAAGUUAUAGUGUCAAGUGAAGAUGCAUUGGCUAUUCAAGCAACAAUACUGCUGGCAGAACUGCUGUACAUGGCCAGUGUCUACCUACCCUCGGAAGCGAGUCGGCAUUGCCACUGCCUGCCAACGCUUAUGUCACAAGCGGCUGCUUUCGGAUCGCCCCAGGAAAAGCGCAUCCGUGCGAGCACCGCUGUGGCCCGUCUGUCGCGCCUUCACGCGCUGCGGCGGAAGAGCACAACACCGAGCAGUCUCUUCCUGGACCAGCUCCUGCAGUUCUGCAGCCCGACAAAGCAACGCAGCGCCAGCCAGGACUUCUGCGAGGCUGCGGGCAAGGUGCGCCUCCACGCCUGCCUCCGCAAGGAGACCGACGAGAGCGCCCUGCACAGCAUCCGCGACUCCCAGGUGCUCGUGCGGGAGUACAACUCCUGGGACUGGCACCUUGUGAGCUCGUUGCUCAAGUGGCCCAGCGAGUCGCUGCGCGCACUCAGCGAGAACACGCACAAGACGUUUAUCCGCCGCCUCGUCCUCUUCUACAAGCCGAGCAGCCGCCAGUUCUCACUGAUGGAGACCAAGCGGGAGUGCGCAAACCAAGUCAUCACCGUCGGGUGCCAGCUGUUCGAGUUUCUGCUCGAGGCUGAUGAAGGUCGUGCGACCGAGUUCAUCGAGGACUUCUUGAUUGACCUGUGCAACUGCCUUCACGAAGCGCAGCUGCCCGGGGCUGCCAUGUCAGCGCUCCUCGGACCGUCUAGGAUGCUGGCGAUGGUUUCACACGCCUACUUCCUCUUUGUUGGCCGACUCGGGAGUUCCAGCAAGGGCUCGCGGCUCUUGGAGAGGCUCGGAGUGUACCAGCACAUUGUGACGCUGGUCACGCUCGAAGGCCACGACCUGUACCUGAAGCUGGCACUGGCAUCCAUGGACUACACCAAGCCAGGCUUUGCGAGGUCCCUGCUGUCCACGGCGUUGACAACAAAGUGUGAGGAAGCUCGACUCUACGCAACAAAGUUCCUCAGAGUCCUGCUUCGACUGGAACUCUUGGACUUUAGGAAGUGGGUCAUGGAACUUCUUGUAAUUCAGCUUUGUGAUCCAAACCGUGCAGUUAUGCUGACGGCUGCUUCCAUCUUGGAUGAAGCCUGUGAUGUGAAGGAAAACCUGGAAGCCCUGAUUGCACUGCGCCCAGUGCUGCUGUCGUUUGGAGACCGAGGCCUGCUCCUGCAUGUCCGCUUCCUCUCUGUGCCAAGUGGCUUCAAGUACAUGCUGGAAGCUGAACUGCUGGCACAUCAGCUGCGCAAGUGGGAUGAGGUUGACAAUCUUCGAUACGUUAAGAUUGUUGAAGAUGCCAUCAGCCAGGCUGUGACCUGGCAUCAGCGAGGCGAAGAUGGAACCUAUGGGAGGCGGAGCAGCAACACGAGACUCAAAGUGCAAGACGUAUUUGCCCCUCCACAUCUCUAUGGCCAGAUGGUGCAGCACAAAGAAGGACUGGAUUAUCUACAGAAGCACGGCAGCCUGGAGCGGCACUUUGAGACUGUCAUCGCUGGCGACAUGUCGAAUGAAGAGGCCCUCCUGCGACUCAAGGGGUCACUGUGGACAGUGGGCCAUGUUGGAACAUCACCAGAGGGCUUUGCACUUGUGGCAGAUGCAGAUGUGUUACCCUCUAUUGUCAGAAUGGCUCAGGAGUCUCCAAUAUACUCAAUCAGAGGGGUGUGCUUUUACGUUCUGUGCUUACUGGCCAGCACAGGAGACUCUGUCGAGUAUCUAAGUGGCCUUGGCUGGGACUGCGUCCAGCAUAAGCACAACGAGGUCUGGCCCGUGGCGUCGGACGCGCUGCGUGUCGUGAAAACGUCACCUGCGCCGCUCCGGGCUCACACCUGGUCCAUAAGUAGUGCAGGGAGCCAGCAGAGCGAAAUGCUCACGGCCAGCGCUCUGCACCGCCGCUUCCACGGUUCCGCUGCAUCGUCCCUGAGUUGCGUCGAUGCCGGCGAGACGCCACAGCGGAGGACGCUAAACUUUGUGUCGGAGCAGGCAAAGUCCCAGGCGGAGAGCAACAGCGGCGUGCGUCAUUCGCAGACACUGCCGCGCAAUGUGACGCUGUCUCCUCGACACGACGCACUGGUUGCUUCGUCUCGGAGGCCGCGUUCCUCGUCGGACUGUAGGCCAGGCGAAGCGAGGCACGAUGCUGAAGGAGAGGCACCUCAGGGGCAAGUCUACAAGAGUCCAGAGGCAGUUGCAGUCCACCCCUCUGUUGCCGAGUGCAGACUGCUGUCGGUGCCUGACAGCUCGAAGGAUAGGUCGAGCUCGUUCGGAGGGAGCCGUGACUCGGGCACCGAGACAUCAUUCACCGAGAAAAGCUCCAGCAAUCCUGAGGUGAAAGGAGAGCGGAGCGACAGCAAUGAGAGUGCCAUUACCGCGGCAACAAGCAAGAGUCGGUCCGACAGUUGCACAGACUCAACGACGAGUGGCGUGAGCUCGUGCGACGAGAAUGCCGCCACGACCAGGACGGUGCAGACUCUGAGCCCGAUUGCAAGCUCGACCUCACUAAGCACUCUGGGUGGGAAUAGGGGCGAUGGUGCUGUGAUGCCGCGGAGACCCAGGGGCUUUGUCGGCGGUGUGCGGACGCUUUCACGGAGCAGCACCUCGACGAGUCCUGUGUCUCCGGACUCUCCGGUGCUGAUGUACACGAGUGCGCGGGACGUAGCAGGCUACGCGACGCUGCGGGCAGUGCGUGAGGCCUCGUCGAUGCGCCGGCGCCGGAAACGCGUCUGUUCGGUGGGCUGUGACGGUACGGAGCCACAUGGGGAGCUCUUUUCACCUCCGUCUUUUGCUGGCUGGAGUCUGGAUCGUAGUGGCUUCUACAUAGGGGAGGAGCCGUAUCCGGAUGACACCACCAGCAUUCGGACUCUGUCCAUGUCAAGCACUGCCUCUGCAGCAACGGCCCGAUCAUCGGCUGGACGGUCCGAGGAGAGGUUCAUGGGACUCUGCGUGCCAGUCGACACUGCACUGAUCUUUUCCGUUUACGAUCACGUGCAGCCAUCUAUGGGUGGCAAUGGAGAGGACAAAUUGUCUGAAGUGACUGAAAACGUUGAAGAGCGGAGCGACGGGUUUGAGCUACACACAUCGCAAGAAUGUCUCCUAUGCCACAGCGUCGAGCGAGUCGCUAAGAUGAAGGAAAGGCUUGCUGGCAGCCCUGAAAAGUCAGUUAGUCCGGUUGGUGCAGUCAGUCCGACAAUUGAGGAAAACUGCAGUGUGGAUGUUCGUGAAGCAGUCAUUGGAGCAUUUGCUUUUUCCCGUUCUAGUCAAACUAGGAAAAACAGGAAGUCGGGUGACAGGUCAGCGGAAAUCGACUAUGACCCGAUUGCUGUAAGGCGAGAGAUGCUCAAGUACAUAGCCAACCUCAACAGCUCAGUCAUCAUGAAGGGAUCCGAACAGGCCCUACUGACCCUUAAGCAGAAGUACCCAAGCGCCUUUCAGGAUGUGUGCCUUUACUCUGAGGUCUGUCUUCUGAUGUCACGGUAUCGGUACAGGCUAGGAGCCCGUACCUUGCUCCAGGAACUGUUCUUUGACCUUAGUCUUGAAAAGCAAUUUUUCGAGGAAGCAGAAUGUAUCCUAAGGAUACCACACGUUGUGGUAAUGCCACCUAAGGAGGAAUCGGAGGCCUGAAAUUGCAAGACGUAAACCUUGGAAUCUGCAAACUGCUGUUGUCUCUGACAUCGUGGUCAAGCCUCGCUCGAGCGCAUUAGGGCAACAGAUCUGCCGGUGUGAGAUGCAAAACGGCUCCAAAUCAAGUACAUAGUCUCAAGGCUUGUGAUCUAAUGCUAGACAGCUGCGACGAGCUUAGCAAGUUUAGCCUGGCUACCUAGCUAUAGAAAUGUUGGAUCAAACUGUGAUGGGCUCAGCAUUGCCGAAAGAAGCCAAAGCAUUGUCGUAAUCUUUUCUCAGUGAUUGCGGUCUUUGGUCUUGGCUUGACAGUGCUGAGGUGCACAUUGCUUUGUUGAUGAGAGGCGCAGCCGCCUCUUGGUCGUUUACUCCAUAGACAUAGAGUUAUGCAAGUUGCUGUGGCAGACUGUUCAAAUGUUUAUCUAGGACAUUGCGGGGUGGGGAUCUUUAAAUACGACUGUGUGUCAAGUGUCAAGUUCUGGUACCACGUGAAGUGGCCGAAUUCGGCACUUCCGAGCGUGAUACUAUCAAGGUGGAGUAGCACUUGUGUGUUGUGCGUUGGUAAACAAGCAACCUACUGUAUCUGCCUAAAUGUAAUGCUUUCUUUAUUGCCAAAAUUAUCACUGACUGGGAAAGCACUUAGUUGUAAAUUCAAAAACAUGCUCCGACUACUACUUUUUUUCAUUAAAUCUUGCUUUUGCAAUACGAAAUACACUCACCUUGGCCAUGGUGCGAAAAAGCUUCACAGGGGAGCUGUACUAAUGUAGGAACGUACAGAUCAGCAAGUUCUGAAGUCCCAACUUGUAAGGAAGAUUGAUGGUCAUCCAAGCUAGUGUAUCUGCUUGAACCACGAUUGCAUUUUUUGGUUGGCACCACUCAGUGAAACACUUGGAAUUUAUUGUUUGCCUAGUCUAUCAUUUAAAACUUUUUCUGGGCAAAAAUGCCAAUCAUUUUAGGAUAACACAGCUUAAAGAUAUGCAAUCUUGUGGGACUUAAAAAGCAAUAUCUUGAUACUAUGUGGGAAAUGUCCUUUUAAAGUUGUUUUAAAUACGUGAGCUGAUGUGUGAUUGUAAUGUUUUCACAUUUUUCCUUUCUUUCAAAAGUGACGAACCACUUAUAUCUGCAUCCGCAUUACAUUUAUGCAAAUACAGUAUCUCUUUCUUGUUAUUGCGUAACUUAACUGUGUGCAUUUUCACACUGAAAGAAGAGAGUGAGUGGGGAUGUACAGAAAAUUACAUCUGUGACACAUUUUUUUUUGUCACUGCAUAAUCAAGAAUUAAGAAUGUGCCAAGAUGCUUUGUAAAUUGUUCUGAGGUUCGCGUUUGCUCUUAUCCCGGUGUGGUGCUUUUAUAGUUACCAGCAUGUGACGCCUGUAAAUAUGUAAAGGGUUUCCAGCAAGUGUACAUAGACCCAGGCGUGCCUUUUGCUGGUAUACUAUGGCAAGCAUGCUCGAGUUUUUCGUAUUUAUGAAAAAAAAAAUAAUCUGUUAUUCUUUUUUGCUUGUGGGGCUGUUUUAACUUAGUGUUAGCUGGUGUGUUAGAUUUGGGUUACAAGAAGUUUAUUUGUGUGUGUGUGUGUGUAUAGUAUGUGUGUUACAUCCUUGUAGCUUAUUUCUACUUACAUUUGAUGAAUAUAGUGAAACUUGUCAUUGUUGCUUUGUGACGGUUAUUUACCUGUUUAUAUGUAGCAACAAGAUGGAAAAGCGGUAUGUUAUAUAAGGAAAAAGGUUUAUUGCUGAAGAAGCUGUAAGGUUGUUCUGUGUGAGGGAUAAUUGUUACUUGUGCAGGAGCAAAAAAGUUGUUUGAAGUUGUGUGCAAAUACUUAUAAAAAUGCUUCUGGUCAAGGUGGGGGCACGCAGCAGACCCAGAAUUAUUCAGACUCUAAGAUGGGGUAUCUUUGCAACUCCCUAAAUUCUGGCAGGCCCGCUGUGUCAUCAGUGCUUUUGAAACUCCCUAAUUGAAACAAGAAUUUCGUGUAGCGAAAGUUCUUCGCUUUCCUAUGGCAGGCGAUAGAGCCAGCAAUGGCUACUUCAAGAACAGUCAUGAGGCAAUAAAGACAUACUAAACACAGUGAUUAACCUAAGUUAUGAAAGUGAAUGUUGCUAUCCACCCAUUAGUAGCACAAAACAAGGAUGGUAGUGAUUGUUCGCACUUUCGCUCGGCCGGUUGGCCUCCCGGUUAGCUCAGAGUCUGUCUCUGGCUCAGAACACACACCAUGAAGAAUUUUUCAUCAACCCUGAAGCUUUCCAUCUGAGAAAGACAUAUAGACUUCCUUCGCAACUUCAUGCUGCAAGCAGGUGGUUGACCAUUUUUCCUUCCAUAACCCUUACUUCACCUGGUGAGCUUCUGCAGACCUGAUUUGCCAUACUUAAGCUACAUUAAUAGUAAAUUACACAUAUGGAAUCGCAAACAAUCAAGUCUUACUCAGAGUUCAGGCCUCAUAGAGGGGACGGCUUAGAAAUAUGACAGUGAAGCCACCUUGAAGUUCCUACAUUAGCAAUGUUGAACAUAUUGGCAGUAUCUGGUUGGCACUAGUCAGUUGUCUAUCAGUCAAGCAUUACAUUGCAUUGUGAAGCGAGUACAGAAUCACCCUGGUGACUUUUAUGAAUCAUGGUAAUAUUUGCGACAUCGCAUUGGUGUCACUGGUGCCAGGUUUGGUUUGGGUGUGAAUUGUAAAGAAAAGAGGAGCAAGGGGUUGGUGGUAAGCUGUUGCCUUCAUUUCACCCCACCAGCUAGCUAUAUUUCUUUGCCAGCACUUUGGAAGAAUAAUUUGCCGGUCAAAGCUUUGCCCACUUUUUCUAUUCGAGACACUAUGUGUACAGAUGUCCACAAUUCUGGAGUGCCAAUGUACUCAUGCUACACCCUGUGGCAUUGAAGAAAAAGCUGCAGUGGUUAAACACACAGCACUUUUCAAUAUGGGCUCAUUCUUAUUUGCGUUUAUUCAAUCUGUGGAACCAAAGAAAAUGUCAUUAGGGGUGUUCAGACAACGAAAAAUCUAAAUAGAGUAAAAACAUUAGUCAGUAUCCUCCAAAUAUUGAAUCCAAAUUUCUUCUUCAUUUCUAAGCAAAUCGAGAUGCAUAUCUUUGUGUGGAAUCGAUUUGACAAAAGAAUAAGGCUUAUUCACAAUAGUAUUUGCCACAUGCAUGUAGUGCCAUUUAUAAUUGGAUGUACAAUCAACUGAGUAGCUUGUAAAUGAUAAACAUCUUUUGUAUGUUAUCUGUUGUGCACUGUGGCAAUGGCAACGUGUCAUUUGAGCAUCUGCUUGUUGAGAAAGAUAAGUAUCUUAUCGCAGCAUCACACACUGUUUUAAUGUGUGGGGCAAGACUGCCUGAUACAUCUAACUGAAUUGUCUAAACUGAGAUGAGAAAUUCUUAAUGCUGCCUGAAAUUGGCUGUCUUAUUUAACGUGAGCAAUUUAACAGUUGCUGUCUGCCUCUGCAUUUCUUCAGGGUCUAGUGCCUCAAACCAACAAUGGCAGCCCUUCUGUAGCAGAGUCGCUUAUUAAAAAUGAUAUACGAAACAAACAUCAAAACCAAUUCACAUUCAAAAUUUCAGGAUGUUGGCAUAUUCCUAUUGUCAUUGUACGGCACUCUCAUUAAAGUAGCUCAUAAUACACAUCACUUGCUGCUGAAUUAAAGUUUAAUCUUUCCACUUUGCUCUCUUGCAUUUCGCCAAAUUUAAAACCAGUGCAAGUAGCAUGCCAUGCUCAUUCAGUGUCAGCUUUCAAAAACAAAUAUAGAAAGCGUUACCUAAUAACGCUGGAUUGCUUGGCACAGCUAAGUGUGUACAGUGCUCAUGGAAUGAAAUGCAACUUUAAAACUUCAAAUGUAACAACUGGUACAGUCAAACCUGUAUAUAUCGAACUCGCAAAAAAACGGGAAUUAGUUGGAUAUACUGCAUAAUUUGAUAAAAAGCUUUCAAAGCAUUUACCGUAUUUUCUGGGGCGGAAGUUGGCUUGAGAGCACUAAUUUACGUAAUUCAAGGAAGGUGGUUUCACGCAAGUAUGUAGAGAUCUUCCCUCCCCCCCUUCCCCCUAGUUCUUACCUUUCCACAGUUUGUAGCUGGGGGUGCGGGUUACAUGCCAGGGGCGUGUUAUAUGCGACGAAAUACGGUAUCGAUGUAAACAGGACAUCUCAUAAAAAACUGUUCUUUACCUUCUAAAUACAUGCACCGCUGGCAAAAAGCAGUGCAGGAAAUAGUCUCCGAUCAUCGUUUGCUUUUUCGUGAAGCGAACGGUGACGGCGCACUGAGGGCAGACAGGCACCAGGAUGAGGAAUUGUGGGAGAGAGCACGUAAUCGCAAGCGGUGGCUUCUACUGGCUUCUACUGGCUCCACGCGGUGCCUUCCUAAUCACACUGAUCGCUCUCCCAAAUGCAUGCACGCCAACUCCCUCUUGUGGUGAAAAGCCAACUUUUUGGGGUGUUUGGCACAGCCCGAUGCUCGAUAUAUGAAGAGUUCUAGUUAUUUUUGUUUUACGUAGCCAUAAAUUUUCCUAUGCAUUGACGUUAACCCCUUUGAGAUGCUAUGUACAGAACUGUGUACGCCACUUGUUCUUGCUAUUUGUAUCGACUAGGGGCUAGGAAAGAGCUAGGUACAUUGAGCUUUGGAUGAAUUGAACCUCCUUCACAAUAAAUUUGUCUUCAUUUUGCAGUGUACUGUUGCAUAUGAUCACUUUGCUGAAGGCCCUACCAUAUUUGACGAGUCACUCGACAUGCCGCUUCCCGCGACCCGCGUCAAAAGUGUAAUCUUUCUUUGUUCAACAUGGACAUAAUCGAAACCGAAUUUGCACUAUAUUUCUAGCCUGAGAUUUCAUUCUAUUUAUGCAAAAACAGAGCAUGAACGGCUUCAAAAUAAAUAGAUAUCUAAUUUCAAAUUAAUUAGGAAUGAUUACUAUAGCACACAUAAAUUAACGUAUUACGAAAUUAUUUUUGUUGCGAUUUCAUAUAGAGUGCCUUGAAAAUAACAUUGUAUCGAUUUGACACAUUUACAGAUGGUUCUUCAUAGGUGGUGUCUGAAAAGGUUAGAGCAUCGUGAUGUUGGAAUAUAGUUUGAUAUAAAGUUGAGUUCGAUAUAAUCAGGUUUGACUGUAAGCACAGUUUCUCGGGACAACCACAUUAUGUUACUGCAGAUCGGGCCAUUAAGGGUGAUUUUGGCUCUGGUGUAAGUGUAUGAGUCAAUAUUAUGUCGAUGUGACAGAAACUGAAGGCAGUGAGUACGAAAGUAUGUGCAUUACUUAGCCCUAAAUUGUCAAGCUUUAUUUCGUAAGCACUUCAUGUAAACUCUGACCUUGCAGCCUUUUUGUCAUCACCACAGGAAUAUUUCCUGGGUCAGCCUGCAGUCUUCAUAUUAUGGACAGUCAAAUUUUACCAUAUUAACAAAUUUGCAACCCUGUCGUUCCAAUCAGCUCACAGGGCUGCAGUGCCCUCCUUGAUUACAAAGCUUUUCAGUAUUUCAAAAAAGUUCGCAGUGUUUAACAUAGCACCCUUGGUCACCUCAGAGGCUGUUUGGGUAUUGUGUGCAGCAGAACCUCUCUAAAAAUUAUUCUUUUCACAGGACUGAAGUGAAGGACUUUCUUAUUAUGCAAGUUAUACGGAGUGUAUGUUCAAUGCCAUGCACUUUAUAAUUGUCAAACCAACUGGUGUGCCAUCAAGCACCAACUGGUGUGCCAUCGAGCCCCUAAAGGUCCCCUCACAGUGUGUGCAAGAUGUCUUAUAAUUCAUUCAACUCAGACGUCUGAAUCUUUCUGUACUGCCUUAAAAGGAUACUGAACUAAAAUUGAAAAAACUGAUGAAAACAUCGAAAUUCUACUUGGAAGACACGGCUGUACCGAUAAACAGAGUUUAUUUCACAUAUUUUUGAACAGUUGGCUGUGUUUUUGGAGGAUUGUCAGUGCACGUUGGCUGCACGCCAGCGCAAACCGUGACGUCACCGCGGCAGAUGAAGGGUGCCAGUUUUCCUGUCCUGCUACUUCCUUUUUUCCACCUCUCCUUUAUGUCCCACUCUCCCCCUUCCUCAAAGGCGCUGAGGCAUGCCCCACCCUUUUGGGGUUUUAACCCACCUGGGAGUAUUGUUUGCUGCCGGUGCAAAUCGUACUGGUUCUAGGAAUCACAAUGGGAGAUGAGUGGGUUGAGAGGCACGGACGACUGCUCGCAUUGUUGGCAUACCCGUUUCCGGUGCACUAAAUGCCACCAAGUGUCACCUCCUCUAGUUCACGGCGUGGCCACUAGGUGCAACAGUUUGUGAAAAAUUAAUUAUUUUCCUCUAGUUUCUGCCUGAAAUGAAGGUUGUGUCUAUCGUUUUCAGCACCAAAUCUUCCAAUGUAGCUGAAAAUCAUGGCAGCAAAAGUUUUGUUCAUUAUCUCUUUAACUUGUUGCUCACUGAUGGCAAAACUGAUUUAGUGUCUAUCUUUUUGCUUGGCUGUAAUGGAUUAGUGAAAUUCAAUAUGGUUGUCACACUUGUUUAAAGGGGCCCUGCCACACUUUUUGAGAAUGGUUAGAAAACGCUGCCGAUCGCUAGUCAAGGCUUCCGACAACACACGAGCCAAACAUUAUAGCGCAGCACACGGCCUGGAAUUUACAAUUAAUUCUCAGUCAGCUAGAAAUCACUCCCUCUUCUCUCUACAAAUGAUGUCAUAUACCCAAAUUACUGCGCCAUAUAACCAAAGUCACUGCCAUUGGCUGAUUUGAGCAUUUUGAGUGGAUUAGUUGCCAUGGUCGCUGCUGGAUGCCGCCACAUGCCCGCGCACGCAUGAUCACACUGAAAGUCAGUUGUGUCUUCGAAGAAAAAAAAGAAAAGAAAGUGCUCAAGGUAAUGAUACACGCUGACGAAGGGCCGCAUCUUCUUGCGUUUUUGUCGUCCCCAUCCCUGCGUAACUUUCAGUGUGCUCGCUGGUUCGAGAGAAGAGAGAAAGCGUUUGAAGCAUGCGACAAAUACCUGUAACUCCGCUCGUACUUGACGGAUUCUAAAAAUUUUUGCGGCCUGUGAUUCGCGAAGCGUCAUGCGCUUAUAGUGAGUCUAUUCCAUUAUAGCUCAGAAAAGUGUUGCAGGGUCCCUUUAAGCGUUCUGGACAUGAUUAUUUGCAACAAGAAUCCAAACAAAACAGGUUCAUAAGAACCACUCUGCAGUGAAGACAUCAACAGUAGACGAGCUAUAAAUGUGUCUGGCUGAGCUAUUGUAUCAGUGAGAACGGGCUUUCUUUGACAAAGACUAGCAUGCUGUUUUCAAUGUUAUUUCCAGCUUUGGCUAUCCCUUGUUUAACCUCUUACAUGGCCAAGGAGGACAGGUACUGUAGUUUCGCGUGCAUUAUACACACUGGAAAUUUAAGUUCACAGGUACAAGUCAGUGUUAAUAUCAAAUAUUGCUUUGUGGCGGUGACAAUGAGACAGUGUUCUGCAUUGUGACGAAGCCCUGCAAUGGUUGUAACAACAUAGCUACACUCAAAGCAGUGAUGACUGAACCCAUGCUCGUGAAUUUGUUUCUAAAGCUUUGAUAUGUACGAGUGAAUGUGCAGCACUGUUUUCGUGUAAAGAUUAGUGCAUUGUUAUUUGUGCAAACUUUGGUGGGGUGCACAUAUUUGUAGAAAACAUAACUGCAGCAGGCUUUAUAUCUGCGACCAAAGAUGCGGGAAAGGCUGUAAAUGAAAAUUGCGAUUGAUUCAUUGUACAAAUGUGUGUUUGUCUGUUGUUCAGCUUGUAUGCAGGGUUUGUUUAGGUACAGCCUAAUCAUUUUCUGUAUUUAUUCAAUGUGAUGCGUAGUGCUAUACCGGGACAAUGUACAUUUUAGUGAAACCUAGUUUACCAAGGAAAAAAAUAGAGACGUAAUCUGCGUUUGGGGUUUUGUUUCACGUGCCUUCCCUGCCAAGUGUGACAGCUACUUCCAGGACGAGAGCUGUAAAUAUAUUUGUACUAGUAUUUUGCUAUGUGUGUAAAGGGGCUGGAUAUAGUCAUUCUUUUUUUUUUGCCUUUAUGGAAAGGCACUGGUGUACUGUCUCACCUACUGAACAUAUCAGAUGAUAGUCUUGUUUGAAACACUCAUGUAAAUAUUGAAACUUCCAUUUUAGAAAAAGAAAAAAAAAAUACAACUUGA